UCGGUGCUUCCCCGAUACGACGCUCGCGAUGCGCUGCCGUCCCGUCGUCCUGCAUCUCUGGCUGUCGCUCGUCCUCUUGGCGUCCACGCGCAUGCCCGCCGUCGUCUGCGCCAACAUGACGUCACAGAACGACACGCCAACUGCGACGCCCGUAACAGUCACGACGCCACCUACGGCAAGCCCCGUGCCGACGGACGCCCCGACACCGAGCCCAUCGCCAUCCACGAUGACACCGCCCCCAACAACCACACCGCCGCCUCCUACAACGACACUGCCACCCACCACGGUGACCCCAGAGCCCACUACGACCCAAGCACCGACGACAACGACACCACCACCGACGGCUACGCCGACAACAACGACAACAACAGCACCAACGCCAAUUCCCGAGGUUAUCAUCAUGACGGACGCGCCAACAAUUCAACCUAUGCGCGAAGCCGUGCCGACGAUGGCCAAGGAGGUUGCUAGCUCCGCGCCGCCUGCUUCUGCAGCUCCAAUCGCCACGACCGGCGCGCCGUGGAAGUUUUAUGUUGCUAUCGCUGCUGCAAACGUUGCCGUUGUCGCAGUCGUGCUCUUUGUGCUCUUUCGGCGGCGCGCGGCGCGCCAUCGAAAAACCAUGGACUCGUUCGAGUCCUUCACGCCCCGGGGUGACCAGCGACCGUUCGACUCGAACAGCGUCGACGUCGACCUCAUGGAAAGCAGCGUCGUGUCCUACGAGGCUCUCACGCCGUGCGAAAACAUCGUCACAAGCGGCUACAGCAGUGUCGACCCGUCCUCAAGCAUGCGCAUGUCCAAGCUGAGCUUUAUGAGCGAGGGUGAUGAGCCACUGGAGAACGACGACCUCGAAGACAUGGUUGUCCUUACCCAUCCGCAGCAGUACGGCCCCGACAUGCACAAGGCCCGCUGGUCUGCAUUCAACAUCCGCCCAGAGUUUCCAGGCAACAUUUCGACGACGCUCCGUGCGACGUACCCGUCGUGGCAGGAACGACUAAGCAAAGGAUCAAGCUCCCACGCGCACGAGUCGAGCGUCGUCGACGACGACGACGAACUCCCGACGCCAUCGCACGACCCAGCGUUCCCAAAAAUGCUCAGUGCGCAAUCCAACUGGUCCCAAUGGCAGGACGGCCACUCGUUCAGCGGGCACUUGAGCGAAGAGGACGAUGACGCGAGAACCAGCAGCGUUGCCGAGUGGCACGAUGGCGAGCGCGACAGCUACAUGACAGACGACGACGCGCCGCGUAUCAGCCUCGAGUCAGCCGGCGUUGACUGGCACUUGGGCUCUGCUGACGACUGGCAUGACUCGAGGCUGCACCCGUGA